AUGCCGGCCUCCACGCCGUCGAGCUACGGCAACGGGCCAUCCUCUACCUCUUCAGCGCCACACAUGAACCACAGCUUCUCUCCUCUGCUCGUAGCGCCUGCACCAAGACGGCCUAUUCCGCUGGUGUCUAGGAACAGGAGAGAGAGGGAGAGAGAACACUACGGUCAGCUACACCUGGCCUCCUCUUCCUCCACCACGUCAUCUAGUAGGCCGGCACCAUAUCGCUUCCCUGCUCCUGCAGGAACAGAAGGCAGGAGAGCCUCGCUCACCUCCAGCGUGGGCAGCGGUAAUGGCAUUGCAAUGCAGGCAUCUCGAUCAGGCUCACGAAUGUCUGGAUCGGCAUUGAAUGCCUCUUCUGAGCUUGCCAGAGUGGCUACUCUAAGCGACGAAUUUGAGGAUCGGACAACGCAAGAGGAUGGUGAGGCAGCCGCCGAGCUUCUGCAUCAAGGUGUCUCACGGCUCGCGCUCGAGCACCGGAGGCCACCAUCUCUCCACCUCUACACAUUUGAUGUCUCUUCGAAGCAGACUGUCCCCUUCGAUGCGCAGGAUGAAGGACAGAUGGCUUUACCAAGGACGCCUACGGAUCUUCGCUCUGCCCUGAACCCCACGCCAGACGUGCUGGGAGCCUCGCUCUUCGAUCCGGACCUGACACCCACAAAAGCUCGGCUGAAGGAGCUCAAGAAGGUUCUUGCUUCUCCGAGUGUAGAUCCAGCGAUGCGACGACUAUCUGCUAGUUUGCUAGCGCAGGAGUUCGCCGCGGGCAGACAGUCGCCUACACCUUCUGUGUCCUCUAGCGGCUCUCGCAGGACCUCCCUGGUGGAUUCGCUCGCUUCACCGGCCUCCUCUGCUCUGUCUCGAUCUACAAGCGCUCUGAGUCGCUCAGAGGCUCACGUUCUCGGAGGCUCACCCUCUGCACUCCACCCAUACACCCACUACCGCAUGGGCAGCGGCGGACCACAGACCCCACACGAUCUCUCUACCAUUCCUUCUUCUCCCAUUCCGAGGAAUCACACCAAGAACCCCUUUGGGAAGAGCUUCUCGAGAGCGAUGCGGGAGCUGGAAGAUCUGCAGCUUCCUGGCGGAGAAGACGCACUUGGUUUCCUGCCUAUGGGCGCCAUGUACGAGAGGGGCCAGGGGCAGAGUCCGCAGCCUCCUCACGGCAUGGAGUGGGAAAAUGACACCAGGAGAGCUACUCCUCCAGAGCACUAA